AUGUCGACAUCAACCAAUGCCACUAACUUGAGUGAGGAAGAAAAGCGAAGAAUCCUUAGGGAGAGAAGACAGGCCAAGAUGGCCAAAGGAAAGGCAAGUGACAGGUUGAACAAUAUUUUAACUCAAGGAGCCUCAGUGAAAACUUCUACAGUGACUUCAGUUUUGGACAAGCCAGAGCCAGCUGCUGCUACUGCAUUACCUACUGCCCUAACACAUGAUGAUGAUGAUCCAGAUAUCCAAGAUAUCUCCACUAUAACUGCUAGCGAUCCUCCUUUGGGGGAGAAGGAUCCUCAAGUUGAAAUGAAUGAAAUGUUCAAAUCCAUUUUCCAGCAACAACAACAAUCAUCUCAAGAUGAUGCCAACCCAAUGGCAGAGAUUUUCAAAAUGCUUGGUGAUCCUAAUUCCGUUGAUGAUCAGAACAUUCAGUCUCCCAAUUCAGCACAAUCUCAGUAUGAACAACAAUUGAAUCAGUAUCACAUGUACCAAAAACAAGUAUGGAAGUUUCGCUUUUCAGUUGUGAGAUUCUUGACAAUAGUUACAUUUUUCUUCUACCACUAUUGUUCUAUACCUUCUUUUACGUCAUCAAAUCAUGCCUACGUCAGAGAUUUGACUGAAGUUUAUCCUUUGAGUGGAUUUGCUCAGGGGUUCUUCACAUUGGAGGUAGCCAUCAUUGCUAGUUACUACUUUAUUCUUACGAAAAAUGGCUUGUUUCAUGCCGCACGCCAAAACAACCUUGUAAUGAAAGGAGUGCAAAUAGUGUCGAUGUUUGCACCACAAGUGCAACAAUUUGCACCUAUUCUUCUGAGAGUUCUCGAAUACAAGGAGUUGUUGGGAAUUUUCCUAGUUGAUCUCUCCAUAGUGGUGGUACUAUUCGGUUUAUUGAGUUUUAGGGAUUGA